UAAAGAAAGAAAAGGAAAUUAAGAGGGAAACAAAAGUAUUAAAGUAAGUGCUCAAAGCACUAGCUACAAGGAGGAGAGCAUGCUAAACGGCUUGCACAAUUUUGUUGGAACGAGAAACAUCAUCAAUGUGAGUGCUUCUUGGCUUUUGCUGAGCUGCUAGCUGCUCCUGGGGGCAAUGAAAUCGCGGAAGCUGCCCAAGGUUUGUGGCCUCAACUGCUUGACCCUUGUCUACAUACCGCUCGUGUUGCCCAUCCUAAGAUGCACAGCUGUCGGCGCCGCCGGCGGCAGCGCGAGUGGGAUGGGAGGUGGGAGCGGGGACUUCGACUAUCGCAUGCAGCGUGUGCGAAAUGUGCUGAAGGAAGUGCCUCUGAUCGAUGGCCACAACGAUUUGCCGUGGAACAUUCGAAAGUUCCUCAAGAAUCAGCUGAAAGACUUUCACUUUGGCAGCGAUCUGCGCGAACUGGCGCCCUGGUCAUCGAGCGCCUGGAGCCACACAGAUCUGCGACGCCUCAAGGAGGGCAUGGUCUCUGCACAGUUCUGGUCCGCCUACGCGCCAUGCUCCUCACAGCAUCUGGACGCAGUGCAGCUGACACUCGAACAAAUCGAUCUCAUACGCCGCCUCGUCCAACUCUAUCCGCAUCACAUGGCGCUGGUGAACACGGCUGCGGGCAUCGAGCAAACCCAUCGCACCGGCAAAAUCGCCAGCCUGAUUGGCGUCGAGGGUGGACAUGCGAUCGGCACCAGUCUGAGUGUUCUGCGCAUGUUCUACCAACUCGGGGCCCGCUAUCUAACGCUCACACACACCUGCAACACACCAUGGGCGGACUGCUGCAAAGUUGACGAACCGGGCAAAUAUCCACACAUAGGUGGACUCUCGCAGUUCGGCAAGCUUGUGGUAAAGGAAAUGAAUCGCCUGGGCAUGAUUGUCGACCUAUCGCAUGUGUCGGUGCCAACAAUGCUGGAUGCACUGGCCGCUUCCCGAGCACCGCUCAUCUUCUCGCACUCCUCGGCGCAUGCCAUAUGCAACAGUUCCCGCAAUGUGCCAGAUCAUGUGCUGCAGCGUAUUGCCAUUAAUGGCGGACUGGUUAUGGUUGCCUUUUAUCCGCACUUUGUCAGCUGCUCGGGCCAGGCGACGUUGCACGAUGUUGUGGCGCAUAUUAACCACAUACGGGAUGUGGCCGGCAUCGAUCAUGUCGGCAUUGGCGCUGGCUACGAUGGCGUCAAUCUGGUGCCCAAAGGAUUGGAGGAUGUUUCAAAAUAUCCACAUCUCUUUGCCGCUUUGCUGGAGUCGGAUAAAUGGUCGGAAGGAGAUAUUGCCAAGCUCGCCGGCAGGAAUCUCAUACGCGUCUUCAAAGAAGUCGAGGCGGUGCGUGAUCAAAUGGAAUUAUUGCGAGUGCAACCGAUUGAUCAGUCAAUUCCAGCUGAGGACAUUAUGGGCAGAUCCUACUGUCGCUAUCAAGGACCAAGAACGUGAUAAUUUCUUCAUAUGUAAAGUUUCAGACAACACUCAAAACACAGAUGCACAACCCCUACACACACACACACACACACACACACACCAUUGUCAGAGCCCAGCGAAGAGAGAAGAAAUUAUGUCAAGCGUACGUGUUGUAAAGUGAAACUUGUUUUAGGUUAAUUGACAAAGUUUUUUCGUCGUUACAUGCGACCAUUUGUUUUUAUAGUGAAUGUAUCUGUGUGUGUUCAAGUGUGU